AUGUAUAUUCCAAAGAGUAUGGAGGUUACUAGCACUUCUAAACUUGUUCAAUUGAUAAAAGAGUACCCGUUAGGUUCAUUAUUUAAUUAUAACCCACCAACAUCUGCUCUGUUAAGUUAUUUUUCUGGGGGGAACCCACCUUCUGAUGACUCGAUUGACAAUGAAAUGUGUUGUAGUCAUAUUCCUUUUUUUAUUGAAGAAUGUGAUAAUGGAAGUUAUACUUUAAUUGCACAUAUGGCUAAAAAUAACCAGCAUGUAGAGAUGUUGAAAAAAAAUCCACGUUGUUUAAUUGUAUUCCAAGGUCCAGAUUCCUAUAUUACUCCAAGUUGGUAUCCCCUUAAGUCGAAAACUCAUAAGUUUGUGCCAACUUGGGAUUAUGCCACUGUCCAUGUUUAUGGUGAAGCAACAAUUAUCUCAGACAAAAGUUGGCUAGUGGACAUGAUUACGAAAUUGACAAAUCAACAGGAAGAAAGGAGAUCUGAAGGUGAAACGAUUGCAGAAAAAUGGAAAGUAUCUGAUGCUCCUACCAAAUAUAUAGACAAACGUUUAGAUGAAGUGGUUGGUAUAAAAAUAAAUAUUAACCAUUUUCAAGGGAAAUUCAAAUUACAACAGGAUAUGUCUAAAGAAAACGUAAAAGGUGUUCUCGAAGGUUAUGAGAACGAGAUGAAUGGCGAAAAAUAUGAACAAUUAGCCAAAUUGACUAAAGAACAAUAUCCGGAACAGCCAUAA